UUUUACUUAAUGUUUUGUGUCGAAGACCUGAAACCGAAGACUUGAGAUGAUUCAUGGUGUUUUAAAUGGUAGUUAAAUAAAGAAAAACCAUAGAUUUUAAUAAUUCAGACCAUGGAUUCUUCAAGGAGAAACAAUACCGAUGAACAACGGUGUGUACUUGGUCUUCAAGAUUUGAAAAUUUCAAAAAAAGUCGAGGAUGGAACUGAGCAGGCGCAAGGGGCUACAACUUCGGCUCCGAGCCCUUUAGGCAAAAGUCGUCCGGUAGGCGCAAUCGAGAGCUUCGUACUCGAUAAUACUCAGCAAAACACUCGUCAAGAUUAUAGUUUUUAUGAACGAUCAAAUGUGAUAGCUUCGUCCAAAUUUGCGACUCCCAAGCGGGUAGAAACUAUUGCAUCUAUCAAUAAACGGGAUAUUAAUACGACUGCUCUCCCUGCAAGCCCUACGAGAUCAAUAGAUUCCUUAUCACAAAGGUCGCUGAGUUAUCAAACUGACGAUCUUUACGAAAUUCCUGGGAACCCUGGUGCGCAAUACCCACCGCCUGUUUACGAAAACGUAGAUUAUUACGGUGAACAGCGUUCACCACAACCACCAUAUUAUCACCAGCUCUACCAACAGGGUAUACCACCUCCUGUGUCUGACGGAUACUACGACACUCGGUACAGCAAAGCUCAACCGCAGGUGCCUGUUAACACGAAGUCUAAGGCUAUUCCGGCACUAUAUGAAAAUAUGCUUAGCGCAGACAGUGAUAAGAAAGGUGAAUAUAAAAUACAACAAAAUAAUGACAGAUUCAUACAACAGGGUUCAGUACCCGGUCCACAAGUCCCUAACACUGGACUUAGCAGGAGCAAUGUUAAUUUAAUAGGAGAGAGGGGUAAAGUAGAUAAGCACCCUGCCUUGGCCUACAGUAAACACCAAGAAAAUAUUAGUGGUGAUUAUACAAUCAUGAGAUCAGCUCCACCUAAAUAUACUGAUGUUAGUGCUUUAUUGAAAAGUGAAAACACAGUUAGUUUUGAUGACAAAGUAGUGACAAUUCCAUCUACAGCGAUUUAUGCUUCAAUAGCACCAAGUGCACAGAGACCUAAGGCCAAUAUAGCUACAGAAGUACAGACAUGUGUGUCUAGUCCCAAAUUUUUUCACCCCAAGCCUGUUACUGUAAAUAAUAUGCCAAAAGACAAACCUUUGGUGACAAAUGGAGCGUAUAAUUCCAAACCACUUGUAAACAGAAUGCAAAUAGUGGAAGAUAAUAAUGGGUCUGAUUAUGUGUGUAUGACAGGAGGACCUUCUGCCACACCCAUACCUAUAUCCAAUAAAGAUAAUACAUCUCUAACUGCUGAAUCUAUUGGUUCUAGAACCUCUGAAUCUGCUAGUUCUAGACACUCUGAAUCUAUCACUUCUCGAAAUUUGGUUUCCGGUUUAACUUCUUUAUGUUCACCCUCACAAUCUCCUGCACCAAGUCCUACACCAAGCUCAGUUUCUCAAGUAUCUGGAGGUUCCCGAGGAUCUGGUGGUAGAGGCAAGAGUUUACUGCCAUAUAGUAUAACCCCGCCCAGACCUACAGGUCCAACUGAGGCCCAGAGAAAAAUAGAAGAGUUAACUAGGCAACUCGAAGAAGAAAUGGAGAAACAGGAUGAGGAGGGAGAGUACUUUGGUAUAUGCCACACAUGCGGGGCUGGUGUAACUGGUGCUGGGCAAGCUUGUCAAGCUAUGGGCAAUCUGUACCACACUAAUUGUUUUAUCUGCUGUUCAUGUGGUAGAGCACUUAGAGGGAAAGCUUUUUAUAAUGUACAUGGCAAAGUGUACUGUGAAGAAGAUUAUUUGUAUUCUGGAUUCCAGCAAACAGCUGAAAAGUGUGCUAUAUGUGGUCAUUUAAUUAUGGAAAUGAUACUCCAAGCUAUGGGUAAAUCAUACCAUCCCGGCUGCUUCCGCUGCUGCAUAUGCAAUGAGUGCCUGGAUGGUGUUCCAUUUACUGUGGAUGUAGACAAUAAGAUCUAUUGCGUCAAUGACUACCAUCGGAUGUUUGCCCCAAAAUGUGCAAGUUGCGGAAAAGGCAUAACACCAGUUGAAGGUACAGACGAGACAGUAAGAGUUGUCUCUAUGGAUAGAGAUUUCCACGUUGAUUGCUAUAUGUGUUGUGUAUGCGGCAUGCAACUCACCGAUGAACCCGACAAACGCUGCUAUCCUCUAGCAGGUAAAUUAAUGUGUCGUGCGUGUCACCUCGCCACAAUCGGAGCAGCCACUGGACCGGGCCUUCCUCCCGCGCCUCAUCUAUCACCAGCCUCAUACCAAUACAUGGGUUAAAUGAUCUUAUAA